CGGGGACGCUAGCGUUCCCGAGAUUGCGUCCAUGCGGCUCGAUCCGGCCCAGCUCGCGGGACCAUCUACGUCGUACCAUUGGAGCAACGCUGCCCACCGCCGCUCGGGAUCGUUGCCUUUCCAUCCUCCCCCGCGCCAGGAGACGACCUACACCGCACAGGGAAUAUCUUUCUUUCGUUCCCUCGAAGCCUCGUCGGCCCCUCGCGGCUCCGGGAUCCUCCAGCGGGGACGUGAUGUUGUCGCGAACGGUAGCGCCUAUCACCGCCGAUUCUCCUCGUCGGUUGAUCGUUGCUCGGUUGUCGAGCACGGGGACGGAUCCGAAACCAGAAACGCCACUGCCUUUCGUGUCUCUUACGACUCGGUUUACCGCAGCGGAGUGCGCGCGCGCAUUCGAACGCUCACGAAUAUUUUGCAGAAAAAAAGCGGUGAAUGUCGCGUACAGCGAGGGAACGAUCGAUUCAACGUCGAAAACGAGGGAAAGGAAGGUGACGGCGGUAACGAAGGCGACGAAGAGAACGAUGACGGGAGCGGCACCGACCAUCUUAUUUCAUCCCAAGGAUCGAGGUCGCCACGAUCUUGUUGCAACAGGAAACCGAGAACGAGGUGGAAGAAGGAUGAUCGCGCGAAUCCGUUCGAGGAAUCCGUCAAUUUCUCUCGAAUCUGUAUCGCGAACGUUCCUUCGGUCGAUGCAUUUUCUUACACUGCCUACAAUGACGAGAACGAUAUCGAGAGCUGUCGCGAUGAUAAGGACGAGGCAUCGUCGUCCCCCGAGCAUCUUCGUUUCGAAGAGGAUGAGCGCAGAGGUGAACAAGAAGAAGAAGAGAUCAAGUUUCGCCGAGAAACGGACGAGGCGAGCCAAGCGGACGUGGAAAGUAUCAGUGGGGAGGAGGGAGAGCGUUAUCGAAAAUUUCGCGGCGAGCUGAAUUGUUGGGGAGGGAGAGGUAGUCGCGGCGCGAGUGCGAACGGCGGGAAACGCGAGAGCCACUACACUGCCCGGUUCCAACGGAACCCGAUCACCAACGGAAGUGGCGGCGAGAACGUGACGAGACUCUCGACGAACGGACCAACGACAACAAAGGUAUCGAACAACAACAACAACAACAACAACAACAACAACAAUAAUUGGUGCGGCCGAAAGUACGGAUUGCUGUUCAUCUUGUAUCUACUGGCCUGCCCUGUCGUGUGUUCCACGAAUCCCUCCGGACAAUUCAUCCCCGAUCUCGCCCAUAAUCCCUCAUCCCUCGCGCAAAACCUUCCCCGGCACAACGCCACCCAGACAUCCUCCCUGUUGUUAUCCUCGAGCGUCGCCGCGCACCAACGUGCUCAACAACAGCACCAGCAGCAGCAACAACACCAACAGCAACAACAUCGGCAGAUAUCGGACGAGGGAGCGCGUGAACAGUUGGUUCGUGAGGUCGAGCAGUACGGGAAGGACGGGCACCAUCGCCGCCGGCACGGGGAACAACAGCAACAGCAGGACGAUCAGGCUCGGGAGGGAUCGCGAGCGUAUAGGGAUCGCGAGGCGAUCUCCCCUCCCCACACCGAAUCCACGCAUCCUUACAACGAAUACAGGUGGAAGGUGAACCAGAUAAACCCGUGGUUGUCGGCCUGCGACCUGGCCGGCCCAGCGCCGGCCGAUCUCCAGGCCAGCUGCGAUCCACCCGAGGUGUCCAAGAAUUGCCCUCUCCCCUGCGUGGCGAGCUCGAGCGCGGGGGGGAAGGGGGGGGUCGACGCCGAGUUCUUCGAGGUGGUGAAGAAGGUGAAGGUCAGCGGGAAUUGUUACUGGGAGGGAGAGGAGAAGGCGGUUGAAUCGGGACGGUUCGGUUCGGGCUCGACGAGGUCUUUCGGGGGGGCGGCGGAGGGUGGCGCGAGUGAGGGGAAGGGAGGAGGAGGGGGAGGAGGAGAGAACGGAGGCGAGGGCGUGCGAACGGUUCCGGAACAGUGCCUUUUUUAUCUCGAGGAGUCGCACAAGAGGAACAUCUGUCGGGAUGAUUUUGGCCGGGCCAGUACUUUAACCCCAAGGGAGAAUCGAUAUUGGUUCAUGAGCGGGCUGCGUCUGCGGCACUGCUGCGAUCACGCGGUGGUCAACGCCCUGGCACCUGGCAAGGGUGGUCCGCUCGAGAAUGUGCUAAACGGUGGCCAGAAGUGCGCCGAUGCCCUGGACAAGCUGUUGCACGUCGAUACGUUAGCCGCAAAAUUGCAUUGUGGGUUCGAGGAAGUGGUCGCGCGAUACGACUGUGCACAGCCCUAUUCCGUCAUCUUCAACUGCACCCACUGCAAGGAAGCGUAUAGAAAAUGGGUGUGCAGCUCCCUGGUGCCUUACUUUGCUCAUGGGGAACCGCAGGACUUGAACAGCUCCAACAGCUGGGCAGGAAGCAGACUCAGGCCCUGCCGAUCCUUUUGCCAAUCCGUGGAGCAACGUUGCCCUUACUUACUCCCGGGCGACCGUGCCCCCUCCUACCCCACGCAAUACGCCGGUGAACCCACUUUCCUUUGCAGAGAUCCAAAUAUACCCGAGACCGGAGAACAGGCAGCAAGAGCGUUGCACAGCAACGAGGAGAACGAGUGUUGCUUCCACGCGUGUUCCGAGGAGUUGGCCGGAUCGGGUAUCUGCGCGAAUUGCACGAAUCAGGUGCUACGGAGGCGCGGGAAGAGCUACGAUCCUCCAACGGCUCCCUAUUGCGAGGUUAAUUGCACUCAACCGGCUUCCACGGGUGGAGGAUAUCAAGACACGGGAUCCACGGAUGUGAAGGAAGAAGAGAGAUGCCCGUCGAUGAAUCCUGUGUCGGUAACGAAUACGAUGCGACUGAAGGGGACGUUGGUGUGCGGAACUGGCGGUGGCGUCGACACGAUCGCAAGCGUUUCCUCUUCCAAUCGAUCGGCGGCCUCGAUCCUUCCGCAACUCUUUUGGCUAUGCUCGAUCUUGACCAGUAUCCUUGGCAACGUUCGAACGAUUCCCGUCCUCUGGAUCUCCAAGAUCUUUCUUUGGUCGAUCAUGCCCCUCGCCGGUAUUCGUAGUGACGAUUGUGACGGUAGUGGUGGUGGUGAUGGUGGUAGUGGUGGUGGUAAUGGUGAUCGUGGACUCGACGGUGGAUCGAACAAGAAUAGGAGCGAACUGGUAAACUUUCUCGCCUGGCUGCGCCGUUGUUUUCGCAGAGUGGACUAUUACGUGAGCGUGCUACGUUACAUCGCGAACUGGUUGUACGGGAAGUGCGUGGUUGUGGAGCACAGGCGUCGAAGUUGGUGGUGUUGCUGUUGGUACUGGUGGUGGUGGAGGUGGUGGAGAAAAAUGUUCGGCCGCGCUCGAUGGAAAUGUCGACGAGCUCGGCAUCGAUCGCGCGAAAAUAUUCGUUACGGUCAAUUCGCCGGUACGCGUCCUCCUCCUCCUCGUCCUAUUACCGUCUCCACCGCAUCGACUCGUGUCAUUGCACCGGCCACAUCGACCGCCAUCGCCACCAGCACCGCCACAACCGCCGCCGCAACAACCGCCAUCACCGCCUCCGCCAUCCUCGCGGCACGGUGGCACGUGGAGUCUUUCUCCCGCUCGGUAAAAAUGUAUCGCGAUUCAUACCACGACCGUCGUUCGUCAAUGUGGAUACGGAAACGAAAUUGGCCGCCCAAUUUCCUCGUUGACUCGUUCACGGUUAAGUGUCCAUGGCGGCGAUGGAGUUGGUGGUGGUGGUGGUUGUAUCGAUGGUGGCGACGAGGCACGCGCCGCGGCCAAGCCGAGACUUCGCGCGAGAAAAAGAAUCGUCCUCGCGUCGCUCUUCGACACGAUCGAGGCGUUCGAGCGUCCGAUCGAAGGAGAAGGAGAAGGAGAAGAAGGAGAAGGAGAAGGAGAAGAGAGAGAAGGAUAAGGGUUUUGAAUAAAGUUUUCGAAGAGGACGUUCGAUCUUCUCCGACUAGACGGCGAUAUUUUAAAUUAUCCUCGAGGAAAGAUCCGCCAUAGAACAAUUCGAGGAAGACGCGAAAGCGUGAAAUACAGGUUUUUUUCUAUCCGUAACCAGAGCUCUCGAAAAGGACUUUGGCCGUACCUUUUUCGAUUGUGAACUCCUCGAGAUCUCGAGGUCUUGGAGCGAGGCAAAACGCGAAGAGACUAGCAUCCGAGAAGGGGCACGUACGAGGCUAUGAGGAAAGAAAUUGAAGAAAGGGUUAGGAAGAGGGGCGUUCGUUAAGUAGGGAGAAGAAAGCGAAAAAUAUUCGAAGAAACAGUGAAAAAAAGUACGUACGUACGGAGGAAAAAUACGAUAAGGAAACGUGGUUAAAAGAGAAAUGAGAUGUAUUGAAAAUUGUGCAAUAUGCAACGCGACGUAAUUUUGGGGGGAGAGGAAGGGAUGGGAGGGGGGAUGGGAAAUGAACGUGUAAAAAAGCGACGAAAAAAAAAGAGAGGGAAUGAGACGUUUGAACGUUGAAAAAAAAAGAAAGAGACACGUCGAUAUUUUAAAGUUCGGACGUGAAGACAAAUGGACGUGAAACAAAACGAAGAAAUCGUAACGUCUGUCGCUAAUAAAUAAUGAUGGUAACAAUAAAAAAAAACGCGAUCGAUUGAAAUGUAAAUAACGACGACGACGACGACGACGAUAACGAUGACGAUGACGAAUGACGGUGACAAUGACGACGACGACGACGACGACAAAUGACAAGAAUGAUGAUGAUAUAGAUUAUAAUAACGAUUACAAUAACGAGGAAAAACGGUAAAUAAUUAAAUAGUUAACGAAUAAUUAACGACAAUGAAUAAUAAAAUAAAUUAUAACGAUAUAAGUAAUUAUUAACAAUUAUUAAAAAGAAACAAAAAAAAAAACAAUAACGUUAACGAUAGAAUGAUUACGAUUGCAGUUAUUGUUACACGUUCGAUGUGUCGCAUGCAUUCGAACAUACACGCACAUAUAUACACAAUACAUGCAACAUAUAACACAGGAAUAAUAAAUUAUUUCGAAAGAUAAAAUGAAAAAUGUGUAUAAGGGGAUUGUAGCGAGAAUGUGCUGAGAGAGCUGGAGCGAAUGGGACGCGUGAAUAUACAAUUGAAGAAAUUGACGAGAGGAAGUCUGAAAAUGGUAUAAGUCUCGAGAAAAAAAAACCAAAAAAAAAAAACGAUAUAACACAAAAUGCAAGCACAUGUUCCCGUAUAAGCCAUUAAACGAUUAACGAGAUAUUAAAAAAAAAAAACAAAAAAAGACGUAGGUAGAUAGUAUUUCGAUCGUGACAGAAAAAAAUACGGAGGACAUACGAAACACGAAUAACGAGAUUUGAGCAACUUGAGUGCCGAAUCGAUAUGAGAGAAAGAGAGACAGAGAGAGAGAGAGAGAGAGAGAGAGAGAGAGAGAGAGAGAGAGAGAGAAGGAAUUAUAAUUAGUAGAAAUGACAACGGAAUAAAUAAACACGACGUUAUCGAGGUAUAAAUAUGUGUUCGUUUAGAUAUUACAAUAAAUAAGUACUAUAUUAACAUAGACGUGUAACGAUAUAAAUUAAAACAAAGAAAACAGAGAGAGAGAGAGAGGGCGCGAGUAUGUAUGCGUGCAUGUGAGAAGAAGGAAGAGAGAAAGAGAAGGAGAGAAAGCGAGAAGGGUGGAUAGGGCGAGGAAAGAGAUAACGAUAGGAUGAAUGAAAAAAAUUGAAAAAUGAGAAAACAUUGACUAGAAAAAAGAAAAAAAAUCGUAGAAAAACUGAAUUUUUUUAUAGAGAAAUAUUCUAAAGAGAUAUUACGAAAAUAGCGGUAUAAAAAAAAAAUAUAUAUAUAUAUAUAUUGUUUCCCAUGUUUCUUUUCCGCACAGUGUACGUGGCUUCGAUUUAAAAAAAAAAAAAAAAAGAAAAAAACUUCAAAAAUCCCAAAGACACGAAACAACAUAUACAUAGAAGAAAAGAAUCGAGAGAAUCCUAGUACGAUAUUAUUUAAACGAAAAGUGAAAAAAAAAAAGAAAAAAGAAAAAAAACGUACUUUAUUCGAAGAAAAUAGUACUUUACUUUUUUUAACGUUACCGUUAGAAUUUAACGGCAGAUUGAAUCGCGAAAAAGAGAGAAAGAGAAGAAACAAAAGAAAAAAAGAGAUUGUCCAUGGUAUCCGUUUUACCAUCUUCUUUUUCCGAUCGCGUGUUUACACGUACACGCGAAAAUAUACAUCUCGAAGGAAACGCGUUUCGUUUCGCGUCGAAGUGUGGAACUUUCGGUUAAAAAAACGAAUUACACGUGGAAGGAUCGGGUUCUUUUUUUUCUUUUUUUUUUGUUCGAGCAGAGAAUCAGAGAGAAGUUUCGAAAGCACACUGAUAUCGCGAAACCGAAGCAACAACGAGGCGAAGCGAAGCCACGAGGGCCACUAUGCGGAGGGAAAGACGAAAGAGCGAGGGCGAAUCUCUAUACGCGAGAGCGAGAGGAGAAACGAAUCGUCGUCGUCGUUGUGUCGUAAUUGCACAGAGAGGGGGGGCAUGCUUCGUGGAACACGUACACGCGUAAACAAAGAGGUACACGCAUAUACGUACAGCGCACACGGGAAAUAAAGAAAUGCACGCGCGGAGAUGGAACGAAGGACACACCGUGCCCCCGCGUGUGCAUUCGUUACGUUGUUAAACAUUGUCCAAAUACAUAAUUGUUACUAAACUUACAUUUAUAAGGUGAGAACGGAAGGAUGCGAAUCUGAGGGUACGAAUGUGAGGGAAGAUGGAAGGAGGAAACGAAUGCGAAUGAAAGUGAAAAGUGGAUAAAGAAGCAUAUAAAUAUUAUACAUAUAUAAAUAGAUGCGUGUUACGAAAGGGGCAGAGAGAAAGAGAGAGAGAGAAAGAGAGAGAUCGGGAAAAGGAAAAAAAAAAUGUUGUAAAUCGAAAUGAUCUUAGAAAAAGCACGAUUGCGCGAUUACAUAUGUAAAUAUCUGUAUUUACAUGUAUAUGUAUAUAUGUAAAAUUUACGUGUAUACAUAUGUAUGUAUGUAUGUAUACGUGUGGGUGUGUAAACACAACAUGUGAACGUCCAUGUAUACGCACACAUGUAAACGUACAUAUAACGUGUUUGUGUAUGUAUGAGAAAUCUUAAGGAAAGAGGAAAUAUAAUGCGAUGAUGUACGCGUGUUUCGAGAAUAACGAAAAUAAAGAGUGAGAGAAUGUGUAGCUAGCUAUCCGCGAGUGCUUUCCGUGCAAUUUUUGCGGUUGAACGUAACAGGUGAUAGUUGCUGAGCGUACCAUUGAUGAAAGCAACGAGAGAGAGAGAGAGAGAGAGAGAGAGAGAGAGAGAGAGAGAGAGAGAGAGAGAGAGAAUAGAGUAGUAGCCUUAUUAGCCGAAAAAAAAAAAAAUAAAAAUACGUACGAUAUUUAGAGAGAAAAAAAAAAAAGUAAAAAGAAAAAAAUGCAUGGCCAAUAACGAUCGAACGCCGAUGAGAGACAUCUACUGCUCGGUCGGUAAGAGAGAAAAUUGAUGGAAACGGUGUACAUUAUAUUUUAAAGCGAUUAAUUUCCGGUGACGAAGGGAAUAACGUUAAAAACGCACAAUAUGCAAAACGUAAUUACACGAGCUACAUUUUUUUGGCUUAAACAACAGACGAAUCCGUAAAAGCGGUUAUCCGUUAAAGCAAUAAUAAAUAAACUUGGAACGUGUUAAGAGGAAAGGAGUAAACGGGGCGAAUUCGAUUCAAAUACGAUUCAACGUCGUGAUUGCGGGAAUGGAAAGAGAUCGAGAAGACGAAAUUUAAAAAAAAAAAAAAAAGAAGGAGAAAGAUGGGAAAGAAAGAAAGGAAAGAAAAGCACUCCGUACGUACGAACGACGAUGAUUCGAGAAGAAAAAUGGAGAAAAAGAAAAGCACCGAUAGCCGAUAGCGGUGCAAAAAUCGCGCUUAUUCUUUUUCCUCGAGAGUGUCCAAUCUAAUUGGAUUAAAAAGCUUUCGACGUGAGCAGACAUUUCGAGAACGGAACAUUGGGUUUAAGAAUGAGUUUUCACCAUGGACGAAUCCCUCCUGUAAAGCAAAGAGAGAUAAUAAUAAACGCGCUUGAUCAUUGUUAUCACGAGAUACGCGCAAUUACGCAGUUUUAUCGUUAAAUUCGUAAAUUACGCGUAAGCAUAUCUAAGCGUAACCAAAAUUAUUUUCUUUUGAUCGGAAAUGCGCGGUACCCUGGGGCGUCGUUUGUCGUUUAGAGCAAGCAAUUUAAAUUCUUUUACCUUACUUUUGAGAUGAUGAUUGACAAUUUCUGAAACUAUCCUAUUAUAGGCUUCGAACGUUUCGGAAAUUUCUUGGAAACAACGAUGAAUCCGUUAGAAAAAGAAAAAAAAAAGAAAAGAAAAGAAAAAAAAAAGAAAUUCUUUUUACCCUUCUCUCAUUGUUAUCUCUUCCUCUUUCUAUAUAUCGGUCGAACUGUUCUCAUUUUUCUUGUCGAUCGUGUCUCCCCAACUUCCGCUCGAUUUCUUCUCUCUAUCGACACGCUUCCCGUAUCUCCGAGGAACGAUAAAAUUCAUUCGUAUCAUUCGUAUUAGAAAACGCCUUCCCUUUUUUUUUUUCUCUUCUCGAAAUUUAUCAUUCUCGUGGAUCGUUCGUUCGUUCGUUCGUUCUCUCAUUUAGAAAAUGAUAAGCAAUGUUCUUGGACCAUUUAACGAAAGGAGGAAAAAAAAAAAAAAGAAAAACGAGUAGUAUUUUCGCACUGUUAAUCGCGAAUAAUAUAAUUUUUCCGUGUAAAGAUUAAACUAAAAGUAAAACGAAAGCGGUGAAAAGCAAUUUCGGAACAGGCGUGGAAAAAUUUCUUUUUCGCAAGAGACGUGAUCACUGACCAAAUCGCAGCUGCGUUUUCAGACAUCGUUUUGUGAAGAGCUCUCUCGGUUUCUUAAGGAGCCUUCUCAGAGAACGUGUCUUUAAAUGGUCGUUCCAAUCGAUCCUCGAAACUCUCUGCUCGAAUCUCUACGAUAGCGCUUUUUCCAUUGUCCAUCUCCUCCCUCCUUCCCUUUCUUUCUUUCUUUCUUUUUUUUUCUUUCACUAUUCUUAUUUGAAAAGAAGGCGAUCUCGCCCAUCUUCUCGUUUCCAAUUCGACUCCAAUCGCGAAUCGAUUGACGACACUACUCGUCCUACACCAUCAUCAAUCAUUUUUCGACAACGAUGUCGGUAACGUGUUUAACACGUGAUAUUUCUCUAGAAAAAAAAUGAGAAUUUAAGCAUUCCUCGGCGUGAAUUUCUUCCCCCUCUUUCCUUCUUUGAAACGAAAAUUAAUUUCCAACAACAACGAGCAUUUAUCAAUAUAGAAAUAUUAUUUUCACAUUGCAAAGAGAAAAGUAUGGAAUGGAAUUAAAGCAAGAUAAUAUUAAAAAAAGAAAAAUUAAAAAGUCUGCAUUUGAAGCUGAUCCUCUAAUUUUUUUUAUCGAAUUGUUGCUGGAAAUUAAUCUUUUUUCACCUCCUUUUUCUUGUUUCCUUUCGCACUUAUCACGAGAAAAUCAACAACGCGAUAGUAACACAUCGUAAUCUGUGUAGAUAUGUGUUGAUUCGUGCAAAAGAAAAUUAAGAGAUCCCCUCCUCCCUCUCUCUCCAAAAAACAUACAAAAUAUUUGGAUUUCGCUUCUCUUGCUCUCAACUUCAAUCUUCUAUAAUAACCUCUUUCAUUUCCUCUCUAAUCGUAGUUAAUCGUAUUCUCUUUCUUCUGUUCAUCUUCUUGAAAAGAUAACCUGAGCGCCAUUUUAUUAUAAUUAUUUUUUUUUUAUAUUUAAUUUUGUUAUUAUUUAUCGCGCGUUAUAAAGAAAGGAACGAGAGUCGAAAAGAAUGAGAAACAGUGGGGGGCUAUUACGUACAUUAGAUAACAGUAGUGCAUCGAUGUCAAGAGGAAGUUAAGAAUAUCCAUCCAAUCGUCAAUCGUUGAUGAAGCAUUUAGACAAUACCUUAAACACGUUAGUCUUACUAGGAUAUAGUAUAUAAUCAUUUACAGAGUUGCUUCUCUUUUCUUUCGCUCUCCCAAAAGAAAAAAAAAAAAAAAAAAAAAAUCGACACAUUAUACGUGUCGAUCCUCCAAAAUCUGCUGUAAUGGUAAUAAAAAUAUACAGAAAGAGAGAGAGAGAGAGAGAGAGAGAGGGAGGAAGAAAGACACGAGGAAAGGAAACAUGAGAUGGAAAGGUGGAAGUUCGAGAAAAAAAAGAAGGAAGAAUAAGUUUGAGCGGUAAUUGGAGUUUCGGUAGGACUGGCCAAGCGAAUGGAAGAGUGAGAGAGAAGAAUGGCGCGAUACGAGAGAAAGAGAAUGACACGUUAUACGGGCUGAAGGACGGGGGAGAAGGAGAGGUUGAAAUGGGAGUGUGUGCACGUGUGCGUGUACGUGUAUACAAUGUGUGCGUAGCGGAGGGAGAGAGGGGCAAGAGGACCACAGACUACGUAUUGAUCUCGGCCAACGUAGAGCUCUCGCAUAAAACAGGGCAGCGCUACGUCGGCGUUGAUGUCGACAUCUACGUAGCCGUAGUAAUUGUGGUGGUGUCGUAACUGGCUACGUCCUCUCGUUAUUUCGAUUAUUGCCUCUCAAGACUUAUAUAUCUACCAUUGUCGAUGAAAAAAAAAAAGAAAAAGAAAUUGACACGAGUCCUGAGUUUUUUCUUUUCUUCUUCUUCUUCUUCUUUAUUUCUCAAUCACGUGUGAUAUUCGAAAUACCAUCUUUCGAGUCAUAAAAAAAAAAAAUAAGAGAGUAAUUAUUUGAAUUAGAAAUAUUUAUAUUUAUAAUUUCGAAAUGUUAAAUAGAAUUAUUCUAACCGAGGGAUAAUUUUAUCGUUGAAAAUUUUAAGAGUGUUUCGUUUUCUCUUAAUCUCGUCUCUCUCUCUCUGUCUCUCUCUCGCUCGCUCGCUCGCUCGUUUGCUCGCUCGCUCGCCCACUCUCUUCUGCUUUCUUUCGACACGAAGUUGCGAAUUCGAAAGAUCGCAUUUCGAAUCCGUUGAAGGUUGAAGGUUGAAUGUAAGCGAUCCACAAUCCACAUUUUUCACGGAUCAAAAUCACGGAGAAAAAAAAAAAAAAAGAAAAACAAAAAAAAUCCGGCCUCAAGUUUUUUCGGUCGUUCAGUAUGGCGUUUCUUUAAGAAACUCGAUUGUUCGCGCGUCCUUCGAUCGACCGGAAGUCUGUCACGAUUCAUCGCGUAACGAACGAAUUAUAUAGAUAAAGAAAAAAAAAAAAAAGAUCAAGCACGUGCGUAUACAAGUAUGAAUGCAUGCAUGGAAGGAUGGAUGGAUAAAUGGAGAGAGAAAGAGAGAGAGAGAGAAAGCGAGAAAAUGAGAGAAAGAAUGAAAGAGAGAGAGAGAGAGAGAAAGUUUAAAGAGCCACUGCCUUAGCGACAGCAGGAUUUGUGCUAGAAACAAGGCCUUAGAAAGUAACAAACCAGAAACAUAAUUAGAGUUAAGUAAGUCUGUUGUUGUUAACAAAAAAAAAAAAAGAAAAAAGAUAACGGUACUUAGUGAAAUCAGGAGGACAAAAAAAUGUUGAACGUAUUGUAAAACUAAUUAGCAAUUGUAUUUAAGCGCGUAACGUAUAAAUAUAUACUUAACCCCUCGUGCCCGCAAUUAAAUAGGCGUGUUAACGCAUAGUUUUACGUAGGAUUAUUAAACGUCGCUUGUCGCAUAUGAGUGAAAGAGGAAGAUACGAGAUCGAAAGACACGAAAAGACGGAAAAAAAAAAAAAAAAAAAAAGAGGAGAGAUAGGAGGAAGGGAGCUGGGGAAGAAAGAGUGGGAAAAAAAAGAAAGAAAGAAAGGAAGGGGAAAGAAACGCGUCGCUUGUAUGUAAGAGAAUACCGGUAAAAUUUCGCGAAAUUUUUUAUCCUUAUCUUUGAUUUUGUUUUCUGCUCUUGCCUUACGGAAAAAAAAAAAAAAAAGAAAAAAAAGGGAAAAAAAAAAUUACAAAAUGAAACGAAACAAAAAAAAAAACAAAAACCAAGGAAAGAGAGGAAAACAGGACGCAUACUUACCGAUCGCGUAUCGAUCGCGACGAGCGAUGCCAGAGGAGAGAAUCGUUGAACGGGGACAUGUUCGAUCGAAGAAAAUGAGAUUUUCCGAUAGCGCGUCGCACUCGAAAACUACCACUUUGAAUCCGAUGUUAGCGUAGUGUACGUAUCGUAAGCUGUCGACAUUUAUACUAUGAACUAUGAGUAAAUUGUAGCGAUCAUUGUGAACAUAGUUAAUAGUAUAGAUUAGUUAACCGCACUAAUUGUACCGAAAAAGUGGAUUACAUUUAAUUCCGAAAAAUAAUUAUCGAAGUUUAAUUCAAUAACGCGUACAUUGUGCGCAAAUCAAGCCGAGUUAAACGAAUGGAAGGGUGAUUAAUAAAUAAAAAUGAAGAAGAAUAAAAAUUCGAGAAAUUGAGAGAGAGAGAGAGAAAGAGUGUGCGUGUAUGUGUAUGUAUGCGUAUGAACGUGCACGUGUGUGAGUGACGGAAUGCAUAUGUGUAAGAAAAAUGAAUUGGAAGAAAAGAGGAAAGGAAGCAUCAUUGAAAUUCAAUUGAUACAGAUUGAAUGUGAAUCUUCGAAGUGAAAGAAGAUAUAAAAAAAAAAAA